GGUUCCGCUUCGCCGCGGCCUCUCGCCUCCUUCCCUCAGGAUGCGGGGCCUGGUGGUCGCCGCUUUCCUGCUGCAAAGCAUCGCCUUCGCUAGCGGGAGGAGAAAUGUGGACCCCGAAACGAACAUGAACAUCAGUCAAAUUAUUACCUUCAGGGGAUACCCUAGUGAGGAGUAUGAAGUGACGACAGAAGAUGGGUACAUCCUUUCCAUUAACAGAAUUCCUUAUGGAAGAAAAGGCAGUGAGAGGAGCAAAGGUCCAAGGCCAGCUGUGUUUCUGCAGCAUGGUUUGCUUGCAGAUGCCAGCAACUGGAUCACAAACUUGGAUUACAACAGCCUCGGCUUUAUGCUGGCAGACGCUGGCUAUGACGUAUGGCUGGGAAACAGCAGAGGGAACACCUGGUCCAGGAAACAUACACACUUUACAGUGAAGCAAGAAGAAUUCUGGGUUUUCAGCUUUGAUGAAAUGGCCAAGUAUGACAUUCCAGCAUCAGUGGACUUUAUUUUGAAGAAGACUGGCCAGGAGCAAGUAUUCUAUGUUGGCCAUUCACAGGGUACCACAAUGGCUUUCAUUGCUUUUUCAACUUUGCCACAGCUGGCUAAGAAAAUCAAAAUGUUCUUUGCCUUGGCACCAGUAGCUACAGUCAAGUUUGCCACUAGCCCCCUGGCAAAACUGGGAGCGUUUCCCGACCUGCUGUUCAAGAAGAUGUUUGGAAAAAAACAAUUCCUCCCUCAGAAUUCUGUGCUGAAGUGGCUUGCUACUCACAUUUGCACCCACAGAAUACUUGAUGACCUAUGCGGCAAUGUAUUCUUCCUUCUGUGUGGUUUUAAUGAGAGAAACUUGAAUAUGAGCCGAGUGGACGUGUACUCAACACACUGCCCUGCGGGGACGUCUGUACAAAACAUGAUCCACUGGAGCCAGGCUGUGAAGACUGGGGAACUCAAAGCUUAUGACUGGGGAAGCAAGGCUGCAAAUAUGGCUCACUACAACCAGUCUACUCCCCCUUUCUACAAAGUGAGAGAGAUGACUGUGCCAACGGCAGUGUGGACUGGUGGACAGGACUGGCUGGCAGACCCAAAGGAUGUUGCUAUUCUCCUCACUCAGAUCACAAACUUGGUUUACCACAAACACAUUCCCGAAUGGGAACAUUUGGAUUUCAUCUGGGGCCUUGAUGCACCUAAGCGCAUGUAUAAUGAAAUAAUUAACAUGAUGAGGAAGUACCUCUAACCCAGCAUGGUAUUUCAGAGUACUGGUUCACCAGGAAUUCAUCUUUUUUGGAACAUAUGCUUUUCUGGCAAUAAUGCUACAUUGUUUAUUUAUGGUGCAUUUUUAAAAUGCCGGCAAUGACUACUGAAUUGGAUUAAUAUUUGGUUUGUUUUUCUCAGUAUUGUUUCUCUCCUGCAGAAAUCCUCACUGUGUCCUGCUGAUUUUGCCCACAGUGGCAUGGUAGUCAAAAACCAGCAGUGUGACUUUGCUCAAAAGGAGUAUGUCAUGUGCGUAUGAAUUUAGUGACAGGUCUGAAAGACAAGUUAGUCCGUUCAGCACCUCAGGUGCUUGACAGUUAAAACAAUAAGUGUUUCACUGACCAUAAACCACUGCCGUUUCUCAGUAUGUUGCCAUUUCCGAGUACCUUUCAGAAGUAUUCCUUGUACUGCAGUGACCCAUUUGGUGCUGGUACUUUAAAAAGCACUUAGUGACUUUUUGAUGCGUUGUUAUUAUUUCAGCCAUCACAUACAAGCUAGCUACAUCAGAGGACGUUCUUUUUCAAUAUUGCCCAGAAGAACUGUCAUGAAGCCAGAGAUCAUCACCACUGUCCUUUGAAAUCUCCUGUUUUGGGACUGAUUCGUUGCUGCAUUUUUCUUGAUUUAAUGGUGUCCAUGAAGCCUUUCAGGUUUCAUGUACCAGCUAUGGAUAAGGAUCGUUAUUUGCCCUUGCAGAUUCCUGGAACAAGAGAAGCAGUUAAAAGAAAUACCACUUUCAGUUAGCUUUGUCAAUAGGUUAUGGCUUUCAAGGAGAAUGACAUAACAUACUUGUGUUUUGUUUUCUUUGCACUGACGACUAGAAAGAAAAACUCCUGCAGUAUACUACUGGUGAGGAAGGAGCCAAAGCAUUAAUUCUUCAGCUUGAGUGAUUUAAUUUGUGUGGACUUAAUCAUCUGCUGCUUUGAAGAUCUGUUUACUUCUUAGCUGCUUGUGUGGUGCUUGCCACCGUUGUGAAGCCCAGCAGUAUUAAUCUUAGUUUCCACUUCAAAAUGGGGCUAAACCCCCAUUUAAUAGGGGGAGAGGAUUCACACCUGCCUCAGGGGUCUGACUUUGGAGCUGUAAUUGCCUGUAGUAGAGGUGCCUUGCUCUUCCCGUUGACUGUGCAGAGGACUUCGGCUCCUCUGAAUUGCACAAAAGUUCCGUGCCAAAUGUAGAUGUGUGAACAACCUCUGGAGUCAGUUGCCUCAGUCCAGAUGAUAAUUUCUGUGCCACGGUUGGAUUCAACCCAGAUUUCUGUCAGUAGUCCCGCCAGGAUAAAAAGCCUUUUCUACAAGGCAUAGAAAAUAGUGCAUUUUAAACUGAGGCAAACUUCUUUUUUGUAAACAAAGAAAUUGUAAAAAGAUGCACAAGCCAUAAAUCAGGUUUUGUUUGUUUGUGUUUUUUUUUUUAAAAUUCUGAAUUCAGACUCAGGGAAUCCUCAGCCUUUGCUUAAGGAAAAAGCGGUUCAUGAUACUGCAGUUGCGAUUCCUAGCAGGACCUCUAAGUUUGCUUUGUUUUUGUAGCAGCCGUGUUUGCUUCACCUGGCUGUGAUGCACGGAAGUUUCUGUAGGAAUCCAAGGUGGCUAACUUCACAGUUGUGAGGGUAUGUGAUACAGCAAGAGCCGUGUGCGUCGUGUUUAUUAAGCUUGAGAUAUUUCAAUAAACUUGGAGUUCAGAGCGA